GUUUGAAAAGAUGUCGGUUGACUACACAAAACAGAAGUGUCUUGUGUGCGGAGACAAGGCCAGCGGUCUUCAUUACACUGUCAUCUCCUGCGAAAGUUGUAAAAGUUUCUUCGGCCGAAAGAUCAAAAGUAAAGCAAAGUUCACAUGCGAAGCCAAUGGCAAUUGUGUGAUGGAUCUGUACACGCGGCGACACUGCCCGGCAUGCCGUCUAAAAAAGUGUCUUGAUGUUGGCAUGAAGCCAGAACGUGUAUGGGAUGAAAAGCGACUAGAAACACGUAAACCACUGGAACGAAAAAACAAAAAGAAACAAACCCAACAACAGCCACUACAACAGCAACCACAACCCCAGCAGCAGACGUCACCACCGCAGCCCAGUCAAGGACCAGUCAACCCCUUACUACCAGUGACAGACGAAAAAUCUCCCAAGUUGUUGCCUUAUCAAGAGGAAUUAGUUCGCUGUCUGGAAAAAGCAAAAGAUGCUGCAAAAGCAUCAAAUAAAGUUCAUCAACCUAGUGGCCGAUUUGAUGAGAUUCUGGAAAGAAUGAAGACAUCGUUAGACCUGGGAAGCAGAAGUAGCAAUGGAAAUUCUUGUUUUGGAAUAAAGGGUUUUCCUUUUAAUGGAUGUAAACCCGAGGAUAAGGGUAUGCGACUUCCAAAUGCACAAAGUUGCCCUUUGAACCUAUCAGUGUCAGGGGAGGACGGUAUUAUCAAUGAUGUUGAUGUUACGAAUAUAAUACCACCGGGCUUUAAUAACUUCAAUGGACACCAUCAACCUGCAAUCCCGGUAAAGCAAGAGGUCAUAGGGCACACUGAAAUCAAUUUUGAUAUGAGCAGUCCUGCAGAUUAUGACGCAAAUAUGCCCACUGCCAUGAGAGGCCAUCCCGAUUCACUUUUAUACAACAUGACUUUAAUGGGCUGUGUUAUUCGUCAGACUGUAGCAUUUACAAAAGGAAUACCAAUGUUCCGAGAUUUGACGUAUGAGGAUCAGGCCGUUUUAAUUAAAAAUGCAAUUCUCGAGGUGUUAAUAUUGAGGUGUGCGGAAUGUUAUAAUCCCGAAAAGAAUGCUGUUGUUGAUGAUAUUACUGGGAGCGAAUGGAGCUACGACGCAAUGAUGUCGUCGGGUUUCGGGACUUCAGCUGAGCCUACGCUGAAGUUUGUUCAAGCAGUCAACGCUAUGAAUCUCACCAAAGAAGAAUAUGCGUUACUGCAGGCUAUAGCCAUUAUUUCCCCUGAUCGCCCAGAUCUUGGGCAGAAAGAAAAGAUAGAAGAAAUUCAGAGGCCGAUGGUAAUCACGUUACAGAACUUAUGUAAAAUCACGCAUCCUGAUGACAAGCUCCUCUUCGCAAAGUUGAUCAUGAAGUUGACCGACGUACGAGAAGUGGUGACGCGACACAUUAGCGAUAUUAUGCAGAUGAAACUCCCAGAUAAUCAAUUUGAACAAAUAUUCCCUCUUAUCAAUGAAAUAUUCAACUUUUGAUUGAACUGUUCCACCUAGUAAAAGCAGCUCUCGCAAGAGCUAUCAUUGUUUUUGAAAUUGUUAGCUCAUUAUUAUACAAAUUAUAAUUUUUCAUUGUGUGAAAAUAAACACUCCAUUCUGCAAUUGGGAAUUUGCAAGAGGAAAUUAGUACAGUGUAUUGACAAUCAACAACACAACCCACCAACCUACACUUGUCCCAGAAAAAUAUUCAUUUUGUUUUAAUAAAAUUUUAUAAAUUUGAUCUUAAGAAUAUGCAGUUUUUCUGGGAUCUAUCUUUAGGUCAGAUUAUAUUUUGCAUUUUUGUACCUUAUUGGUUGGGCAUAGUAUAUGGUACUAAACAGUAGAGAGUGAAAAUCUAAAACUAAAAAAAACAUAAUAUGAAUGGAACCGGAUGCCCCUUUUUAUGGAUGCCCCUUUUAUGAAUAUAUUAUAAAUAAUAAUAAUAUGGUUAAUUUUAUUUAAUAAUGACUAGGAAAAAGUGCAUAUAUAAUUGUA